CCACACACCCCUCCGUGCGCGCCCUUGGUAACUCGCAUCCUAAAUGAGCUGGCGGGGCCGGGUCCCUCCCACUCUGACUAAGAACUUAAUUAUCGUUGCUUUUUUCUUCUUCGAACGAGGGGGUAUUUAAAUAGUUAGACCAAUAAAUUCAAGUUGAAUUCUACCAUCAGAACCCUCCCACGUCUACCCUGAAGACGCGCGUUCCAGUGCUGCCGACUACAGCUAAGCGUAGCGAUGCAGGUGUCUCUCGCGCUCGUCUAUUCCAGCUCCGUACUGUUCCUGCUUCAGGGCUGUUUCACCGCUGUCCGAGGAUGGAGAGUUUUCAAAAACGAUGCCACGGAAAACAUACCAGAUUACACCGAGGAGGCACAGUCCCCCGAGGAACCGCUACAACUGUCCAAUAAUACAUUGAACCGCCCGAAACAAGGAGUAAGAUCACUGGGAGGAAGGAGAUUUUCCAGUAACAGUCAACAAUCUUAUGGUUCGGCGGAGCUGAGCUGCCGGGAGGUGCGCCUGACCCGCCACGUCACCGACGGGCAGUGCCGCAGCGCCAAGCCGGUGAGGGAGCUGGUGUGCGCCGGGCAGUGCGUCCCCGCCCACCUGCUGCCCAACUCCAUCCUGCGGGGGAAGUGGUGGCGGGGCGGCGGGACCGAGAUCCGCUGCGUCCCCGCGCACUCCCGCGUCCGCCGCGUCCAGCUGCACUGCCCCGGCGGCGGCCGCAGGACUUACAAAAUGCGCGCCGUCACCUCCUGCAAGUGCAAGCGCUACACCCGCCAGCACAACCAGUCAGAGGUCAGGGCCCCACCCAGGCCCCACCGCAACAAGAAGCGGGCUCGCGGGAACCAGGACCAGAGCAGGAACAACAGCCCGGAGACGGGCAACUCGUACUGACACUGCCCGGCUCCCAUCUCAGACUCACACACACACACACACACACACUCACACACACGUACAUGCCACACACACCUACGCCCCCCCACACACAACGCCUCUCCUUCACGAGCGGGAGAAGAGUAGAAACGCGCUAACCAGCGGGAGACUGUGUGUCGGACUUCUGCACCGAGCAUCGUUCACACCCGUAGCCCCAGAACUUUGCCUCAGCAUAAUUGUCGGUUAUUUCGCACGAUCCCUCGAGUCUUAGAGAGUGGGACAGUUUGCGAGUGUUGAAGGCAAAAGGACUACUCUGACAGGACAUCCUAUUGGAGAGGGAAGACCCAGUGGACCUUUCCGCUGUGCCGUUGAGAAGUUCCUGUUUGCCCAAUGAGAAUUUCCUCCUUAUUUGAAAAUACAUCUCCGCACAGCAAGCAGAGCUCCAGUCUCAGGGCUGGAAAACAAGUGCAAGCCAUUGGCAGCUAGCGCCCACAGAGCUGACUGUUUUCUCUCAUCGAUACGUCAUCUGUUGCUCUCUGAUAGGAAGCUCCCUGCCUUGUGAACCUGUUCCUUUGUUGCUUUUGUGGCUGUUCGGCCCCCAGAGCUUCAGCCUGCUCGAUUUGGCCGUAUUACAACUAAUGUCCACAGCAUCUGGACAACCUCCAGAGCACGUGACCCCCAGGGCAAGCUGGGCCGCCCACCAGCGGCCCACUGCAAGGAGCUCCAAGGCUCAUUUUCACGGGAUCGCCCUAACUGGCGGGGUUCUGUGUGACUGUGAGCUGGACCCAGCACCACGACGGGUGAACUUAACCUUUUAAACCAACAGAGAGCACUUCAAGUUCAGCUCUGCCAGGGGCAAUGAGUAUUACCCGGACCAAAACUGUGACUUGUUUUAAUUACUAAAUUAUCCCAUUCCAGCACUUAGGAUGUGAGUCAUUGAAAGGCAUUCCCUCUAGACAUUUCCUGUUUGCUACAAGAGAAGAAAAUGGACGCUCCAGUGAUUGGGGGAACAUGCCAACACCCAGGCCUUGGCCGUUCUUUUAUCCUACCUGGGGGACUGAACUGUAAACGCUUCCAUGACCAGUCACGGUCUACGUUAACUGCCAAAAGGCUCAACGCUGCCCAGGCUGGACCCAGAAUGCAGUAGAAUCAGGAAAAACACAAAGCAACAAAAAAGCUUAAAAAAGCUAAAUGAGAUUCAAGCUAAAUCAUGUUGAGGAGAACCUCGUGUCCUGUGGCUUUAACCAGAGUCUUUGAUGGUCCAGUCUGUGCUUAGGAUGCGUUGGGCCUAUUCCUAGGAAAUCAAGAAAUUCACUUUAUUUCUCCUAGGUGCUCAAGGUCCAUAUGUUCUUCAUGAUUGGUUGCUGAUUCUGUUUUUGUAAACAGUGCCUCCAAUAUUUGCUUCUUUUUUUUUGUUGCCAAGUUAGCAGAAUUGUGUUAAGCACUGACUGUACAUACCGCACCUGUGUGGUCUGCUGGACUGAAUCCCUCACAUGUCACUCAGCUGAAAGGGGGGGGAAGGAAAAAGACCACAGACCGACCAUUGCAAACAUUUAAUAUUUAUUGUUUCCUUCUUCUGAAUUAUUUAUACGGCAUUUUGUAGUUACGGUAGCUGCUACUGUCAUGUAGAGGAAAAGAACGACUGAAUAAAGUAAAGGAAAAUCUA